AUGGAUAUGAGCCCUACCACCAAAAGCAUCAUGCAACAAACCCAAGUCGAAGCCGAUGAGAAGAUCGCUCUGGAGAUGGCCAGAGAGCUUGAACAGCUUCAGGCCGAGGCCGUCAAGCUAGAGCAAAUGAAGAUACUACAGGACUUGGAGAUGGAAGAACUGGAGUUACAAAGCUUGCUUCAGCAGCAGAAAGCUGUGUCCUUGCAUCAGGCGGCUGCUUCAGCAGGACUUAUCGUGCCGAAGGAUGAUAAGGUCAGCUGUGCUCCCAAAGGAUUGGGAGUCGUUGCCACUGCAGUGGUGAACACCAAAGCAACGAGCCUCGAAAACUCUGAAGUCCAAGCAACCGCAGCAGCGAGCCCCGAAGUCCAAGCAGCCGCAGUGAACCCCGAAGUCCGAGCAACCGCAGCAGUGAACCCUGAUGCAGUCCUAGCAACCACAGCCGUGAACCCUGAAGUCCUAGCAACCAAGGCAGAGAACCCGCCUGAAGUCCCAGCAACCGCAGCAGUGAACCCCGAAGUCCAAGCCUCUGUUGCCAAAGUGGAGUUGGGAGCAGCUCCAGCAUCCGCCGCGAUCGCUAGCAUUGACAACUUGGAGACGCAGCCAAUGGAGCUAGCCCCCAUCGCUGCUACCAUGUGUGAUAUGCCUUCUAAAGCCGAAGACUCAGCAGAGCCACUCCCAGAGCCCAGUUCUGGAAAGGACGGGGCACCGUCUACGUGUCCUGUCAAGCGGCUGCCUGCCAUCAGUCCAGCCGAUCAGUCGAAGAUGGCAGGUGUGGCCCCAAAAAAGCGUGCGAGGGCCAAGAAGCCCCAGUCAUCUGAUGAUGAUGGUGAUGAGGGGGGUGACUCUGAUCCUUCUGCUGGGGCCUGCAGCUCCGGGGGCACCGGAUACAAAGGAAAGGGUGGCCGCGGCCGUGGUGCCUCGAAGGCUGCUUCCUCCCCAAGGAAGGCAUCUAGCAAGAGAGAGCACGAGGAUGGAGAGACCGGGGCGCCAAGCAAGAAGAAGGAUGGGGAGGCCAAGAAAACGGAGGAGGAGAGCAAGCCCAAGAAACAGGUGCCGAGUGACGAAGAAAAGAAGCGAAGAUCCCGCAAGAGUGUGGCUUAUCACAAGGCCAAAGUAACGACGCUUCGGGAGGGAGGAUGCCUCGUGGCCCACCUCGCUUUGCUGCCCAAGCAGAAGGCUGGAGAGUUCGCGCCAACAUUCAAGGUUCUGCUGAUUCGGUGGAUGACGAACAUGGCCAUUGAACCACGGUUCCAGCUCUUCGACUUGUUCUGUGGACAGGGUAACCUGUCCAAAUACUGGAAAGAGGCAGGCUAUCCGGUGGCCAGCUAUGACAAAAACUUUGGCCCGCACAUGGACAUGAACACCAACUCCGGCUUUGUGCUAGUUCUGCUGUUGAUGCUGGUACUCGGCAUGCACGCCACCUUCCUCCUAGAGCAGCACAUCGACAAGUCCGGCAAGCCCCGCUUCACUGGCAAGAGCCAGGAGUUGAAGCAAUCCGGGAUCUACACUCUCGAGUUCGCAAAAAGUCUGCUAGCAGUCUAUGAAGCUUGGCUUGCCCGCCCUGGCAUGCCGCUCUCCGAUACGUGGAUGGACUCUGGAAUCCAUGAGGUUGUCCUGUACUUGUACAAGUCGAGUCAUCUGAA